AUGGCGGAGGAAACUCUCUACAGUCGACUCCGUCGUGUCAUAAAAGAGCCCCAUGCAGCCAUACAUCGGAUAAACCUCUCCCGGCUUCCUCUCUGUUUGCCACCAAAUGCAUCCCAGCCAACCCUAUACGCUUUGGGGUUAUCACGCUAUGCCGAGUUGUACUUUGGCGUCGAGGCAGAGUGGGUCGCGUGCACUGGCGAACCCAUCGAGUGGAUCGCAUAUUUCGACGUCCACCAGGUGCACGCGAUCGAUGACACGGAGCGUGUCCGAGCUUUGCUGAGACUGCUCUACAUGCCGGAAAUCCCGAGGACAAAGCCCCUUGAGGCCGACAUCGCUUUUCUAUCCGCGAUGAACACAGUCCGCCUAGAGCAGUUCCAUGCCCAGAACCCAGGCAGUCGGAUCCGGGAACAGAUCCGACAACGGGUCAGAGGCCACCCACACCGCCUGGUAGCAUACAUUUGGAUCAUGUAUUCCGCACUGCUCUAUGGGGGCGACAGGAUCUUGGGACUACUCAAGGCCUAUCCAGCAUUUUGGGACUUGUCCCGAGCAGAAUUGGAGUCCGACCGAACUCCCACGCCUCUCUCGUUCUGGCAUAUUGAUGACAGUGUCACUGUGAAAGAAAAGUUUCGCGACGCAAUGGCAAACUUAGACCAAUUCCUUACGCCAAAGGAACAAGAAGAUAUACUUGACGAGUCCCUGCUUAUCUUUCUUCAGUUUAACACCCUAACAUCGCGUUUAGACGAUGAAGCUCAGCAGUUUCGCGACCAAGCCUCCGCCCCAAGCUCAUGA